AUGGACAACUACAACAAUUACAACUCCUUCAGCGGGUCUGGCGGCGGUGGCUUCAUGCCCGGCGAGACGAACAGCCCUUCCGGCGGAAAGGCUGGUGACCGCGAUAACAAGACCCUCCGCCCUGUCACAGUCAAGCAGGUUGCCGACGCCUCGCAACCCUACCCAGAGGCCAAUUACCAGAUCGACGGCGCGGACGUGGCCAACGUGCUCUUCGUCGGCCAGGUGCGCAACAUCAGCUCCCAGAGCACGAACAUCACAUACAAGAUCGACGACGGCACGGGCGAAGUCGAGGUCAAGAAAUGGGUGGACUCGGCUACGGCUGACAGCAUGGACACAGACGAGGGCAAGGCACCUGCCGAUGGCAAGAGCGAGGUCGAGCUGAACGGAUACGCCCGUGUGUUCGGAGCCAUCAAGUCCUUCGGCAACAAGCGCUAUAUUGGUGCCCAUAGCGUGCGCCCGUUGACCAACAUCAACGAGCUGCACUGUCACAUUCUCGAGGCUACUGCCGUGCAUCUGUUCUUCACUCGUGGACCCCCUGGUGGCCCCGGCGCCGGUGCCAAUGCUGCUACUGGCGAUGCCGUUAUGGGCGGCGCGGAUGAGUAUGGUGCUGGCCAGAACCGGGCUCUCAUGUCCAUGUCCCCCUUGGCUAAGAAGAUCUAUAACUUGCUCAAGACCGACCCUCAGGACGAGACCGGUCUUCACAUGCAGCAGAUUGCCUCAAAGCUCAACCUUCCCGCUACGGACGUGGCGCGUGCUGGUGAAGAAUUGCUCGGUGCAGGUGUUAUUUUCUCGACUAUGGAUGAACAGACAUGGGCAAUCCUUGAGUAUUAG